AUGUGCGAACUGGCUCGCAAUAGCGUUCUUCAGAGUGGAUUCGAAGAUAAAGUGAAAAUUCACUGGCUAGGCCCACAUUAUCAAGAAGAAGGAGUGCUUGGUAAUGACAUUCAUCGGACGAACGUCCCAGAUAUUCGAGUGUCAUUCCGUCAUGAGGCACAUGUGGAUGAAUUGUGCAAUCUGUUCCGUGUUCAACACCUCACGAAUAGCGACCACGAAUAG